AUGUCUAAGUCAUGGCAGAGUGUCUAUUCAAUGGAAAAUCCUCCGUUAUCUCCUACGUGCCCUCGGCUUCUCCUUGCAGAAGAAAAGGAACAAAAAUGUCAUACACGCGUCUUUUACAACUUAUUUGACGAUGAAUUUUACAACUUCAAGUUACCUGAGCUUGCUGGAAAAAUAUGCAUUGGAACAUCUUUUGGAUGGUUGCUCAGUGUAGGCGCUGAUUUCCAGAUGAAUCUCUUUCAUCCAUUGUCUAAACACCAGUUAAGUCUUCCGCCUCAUCCAUAUGUUUGGGAAGGUUAUAAUCGGAAUUUUGAACUCGAUCCUAUAGAUUGCAGUGAUAUCUUUCUUUACAAGUGUGUUUUAUCAAGGAAUCCAUGGAACUCAGUAACUCAUGGAUAUGAUCGAGAUUGCAUAAUCAUGGUUAUCCAUACUAAUUAUGAAACAUUGGCCUUCACUAGACCGGGAUAUAAAGCUUGGAUUGAUAUAAAAUGUGAUUCUCGAAAUUUUUAUGACAUUACAUUCUACAAGGACAAAUUUUAUGCUGUAAACAAUCAUGGCGACGUUUUUGUUUGUCACAUUGAGGAUGAUAUUGCAUUCGCUGAACGUAUUGCAAUCUACAAGGAAACUGAGGAUUAUAUCCAUGAAGAUGAGUCUGAAGAUGAAAAUCCUUAUGUGACACUUGGGUUCACAGUUCUAAAAUUAGAAUGUUCUACUGAAGUGAAAAACAAAAAUGAAUACGAAUGGGUGAAUGUUGACAGCUUGGGUGAUCAAGCAUUGUUUGUGGGUGGCAAUUCAUCAGUUUCUUUGUCUGCAUCAAGCUUUAAUGGAUGCAAAGCUAAUUGUAUCUAUUUUAUAGAUGACAAUUUUGACUUCUUUCUUGCUACCUUAAAUGGUGGAGGGUAUGACAUGGGUGUAUUUAGCAUGGAAGAUGGAAACAUUAAGCAGCAUUACCGAGGGGAAUCCCUCUCUUACUUUGCUCCUCCAGUUUGGUACAUUUAA